AGUUUACAAAAUAUUUGUAUUAAUGUAUGUAAGAAAUACCCGUACGCCUAUGUCUAUAAGGGUUAACUUAUAAUUCAAGUGUUAAUCCAUUUUUUCAGUUUUGAAAUGGCUUCAAACGUGACCCACGACGAAGUUAACGAAGAGCCAAGAGGCCUACCGAAGCUGGUUGCUCCACAGGCGGACUCCUAUCGGUUCCAAGUUUGCUUCCUCUUAUAUUGUCACGUGGCUGCCCUCUACGGGCUCUACCUCUGUUUUACAUCAGCUCGGUGGCCUACCGUCUUCUACGCCGCAGUAAUGACAGAGCUAUCAACGCUAGGCACCUUCUGUGGGGCACAUCGUCUUUGGUGUCACACGGGUUACAAAGCCAAGCUACCUCUCCAAAUAAUCCUGGUCAUCCUUCAAACGCUGGGUGGCCAGAACUCCGUUUACACUUGGGUUCGGGACCACCGCAUGCACCACCGAUAUAGUGACACGGAUGGUGACCCACAUAAUGCCACCAGGGGAUUUUUUUUCUCGCACUUCAAGCACAUGGUUGUACAUAGACACCCUGAAGUUAAAAGGCGAGGAAAAGAUAUGGACAUGUCCGAUAUAUUGAACAAUCCUUUGUUGGCGUUUCAAAAAAGAUACGCGUUACCAAUAUUUAUUUUGAUAGGUUACAUAAUACCAACCGCCAUUCCCAUGUACUUCUGGAAUGAGACCUUUAACAUCGCCUUCCACGCAAAUAUCUUACGGUUCGUUCUCAGCAUGAACUACACUUGUCUGAUAAACAGCGCUGCACACAUUUUUGGAAACAGACCUUACGACAAAAAGGUCAAAGCCACGGAAAACUUCUCUGUAAUGUUGGUUACUCUUGGUGAAGGUUCUCAUAACUACCAUCACAUUUUUCCCUGGGAUUAUAGGGCAGCGGAGUUGGGGAGUUGGCUUAAUUUUUCGAAGGCCUUCAUUGAUUUCUUCGCUUGGAUUGGUUGGGCGUAUGACUUGAAGAUUGUCGAUCGGCAAUCGAUCGCUGAUCGGAUUAAGAGAACUGGAGAUGGAAGUUAUUUUAAAAUGUGAUGU